AUGGACAUUUUCUUCUCGAUUUCGGCGGGCAUUUGUGCUUCAUUGGGGGCCGUUUCGAGCAAAUUCGCUUUCUCCGAAUUCUCAUGGGAAAAACAACCAAUUGAAUUUGUGCUCUUCCUCUCGUUGUUUCUCCUUUUCAAUGUGUCGAUGUGGAUUUUCUUCUCGAGAGCUCUCGCCACGUCGACGAGUACGAUAAAAGUGAUGGCUCUGAACACGGGUACCAACUUCACACUCACGGGUAUUUUGGGAGGAGUUCUUUGGGGAGAAGCACAUUCAAUGCUCUGGUGGACAGGUCUCUCAUUGGUGAUCGUUGGAUCGGUUCUCCUUCUCACCGAACAACAGAAAAUCGAGGAACAGAAAGGAAAAGAGAAAAUUCGU